AUGAAAUUCUCUUUUUCAAUCUUUAUCAUUUCAAUGUUGUUUGCAGCAGCCACAUCGAGUUAUGUUACUGUUUUAAAUUUUGAAACCAAUGCUUGUAAAGGUAAUUAUGUUAGCCAACAUUCAAUGUUGGAAGAUAAGUGCUUUGAUGGUGUCAUGUAUCGUUGUUCCAACAACCAAGUAACCAAGUAUGUUUAUGGUGAUUUGAAUUGCAAUGGUAUCCCAUACCCACCAGUCACCACCCCAGUCAACCAAUACGAUCAAGUCGCCAAUUUCCCAUCAGACUCAUGGAUGAAUCAACCAGUCUUGUACUUGUCCGCCAUCUAUACCGAUACCUGUUUCCAAUACGACUCUAAAUCGUCAUACACAAUCGCCUGUGACCCCAACUGUGCACCAUUAAUGGACAGUUACAUCUUGACCGAAGUCAAAGGUCCUAGUUGCCUUGGUCCAUCUUAUCAACAAGUGGUUCCAUACACUCCAACUUGUGGUGAAUGUGAUUCACUCUCUUAA